UUGCUUUUUCAGUGAUUCUUAAAAUUGCAAAAUUUGCGUCAAGUGAUCUGGUUUUUGUUGCACAUUUUUAUUGGAAAAGCUGUGAAUUUUUUUUAUUUAAAAGUAUCGAGGUUUUUAAUAAUUGAUUCUACACUCAAAAAUUGUUAAAUGAUUGUGUUUGUUUAGGAUAAGGAAUUAUUUGGUAGCUGAAAAAUUAUAAGCAAGAAACGGAGAAGGCAAAGGUGAACAAUAGACAAAGAUAAAUUGCUGAAACUUUCUAUACUUUCUUUGUUAUAAUUUUGGUAUUGGGGAAUUGUGAGAUUCGGUUAAAUAUUUAUUAUUCAAUACUAAUCAAGAAAAUACUUGGGAAGUGCAAUUGCAUAUAUGAAAAUAAAAAUUGGAUUGGAAGGAAAUAUAAGCGCAAGCAAAACAACAACUGCCGCUGCAAUUCAGCAGCAAAAAAGGCCGAAUCAUAGAAGAGUGAAAGAAACCAAAAACGUCAUCAGUUGUCAUCGUAUUGCGCUUUGCGCUUAUUCCAUUCCCCAUUCUGAAAUUCCAACUGGUCAUAAACGGAAGACGACGUAUUCAUUCAUCCACUACUGCUCGCCAUAAUUUGUGGAUGGUGUUAUUUAGUGCAAAUUUAACUCGUACUUAUAUUAGUUAUCAACAAAUUGGUUUUAAACUCAAAUUAAAUUAUAUUGGGCGAAAGUACUAGUGAGAAAAGUGAAAACAAAACUGCAAAAAGGUGAAUAUUGCAGUAGCCGUAAGAAAGUACAUCGUAAAAAGUGCACUAGGAGAACGGGCAAACAACCAGCAUUUGAAAACUUAGAAAUUAGUCGAUUUUAACAGCCUAAGUGCAUUUGAUCAACAGCACCAACACUGCAUUACAGUACGCGGGACUCCGUGGCCUAGUUAGCUCGAGUGCUAUAUACCAUAACUGCAGUUCCAGUUGUGUGUGGUUUUUGUGUGCUGAACGAACUCCCCCGUGAGUGGUUUUGCUUGUCAUCAUCACCAAUAUACGCCCAGCAAAAACAACAUUAGCAAGAAAACAGUGCCAUAGAAGCCAUUCGGCUAGUAGGCAGUACGCCAAUCAGACGGGUGUCUCGUGACAUCCAUAGCUAAGAUAGGAACAAACAUAGAAACGGCAGCCAACAUUUACAAUUGCAAUAACUUAAGUGUUCAUAAAAAGUAAAAUCGGCAAGCAAGGUUUUACCGACGAUUUCAUUAAGGCUCAGCUUGCUUUGGAGCACUAUAAAAUCUGCAACUCAACAAAAGCAAAAACAAAAACAAAAAACCAAAAGAACAAUUGCAACAAAAUAAACUAGCAUUUUACAAAAAUAAAAAUAAGAAUAAAAAAUCGCAAAAGCAUUGAAAGUUUAAGAAAAAGUACAUAGCGAAAACAAUCAAAAUGCGAAAACAAAAGGAAGACAUGCAAGUAAAUGUCGCUGGUUUGCGUCGCAACAUUAAAAACCUCGCACACAAUUACUCGGAUGCGCAGGUUAAAGUACGCGAGGCCACGUCCAAUGACCCUUGGGGGCCAUCGGCCACGAUAAUGGCAGAAAUCGCUGAUCUUACGUACAAUGUGGUUGCCUUCUCGGAGAUUAUGCAAAUGAUUUGGAAGCGGCUAAAUGAUCAUGGCAAGAAUUGGCGACAUGUUUACAAGGCACUAAUUCUGCUGGAAUACUUGAUAAAAACCGGCACAGAAAAGGUGGCGCAGCAGUGCAAAGAGAAUAUUUUUGCCAUACAAACACUCCGUGAAUUUGUCUACUUCGAAGAGGGUAAAGACCAAGGUACGCAUGUACGCGAAAAAGCCAAACAGUUGGUAAAUUUGCUGAAAGACGACGAACGCUUAAAGAACGAACGCGUGAAAGCGUUGAAGGCGAAAGAACGCUUCGCGCAACAUCCCAGUGGUUUUGGCAGUGACGGCUAUAUAGAUGGGCCGACACAUCGUGAUAUGCCACCUGGUUGGCAGGAGGAACCGACGAAACCUGUGUCAGAAUUGGAGCUGGUGCGUCCGCAAACAGCUGGCGAAGAAGAGCUGCAGUUGCAGCUAGCUAUGGCCAUGUCUCGCGAAGAAGCCGAACAGGAGGAGGCGAAGCGACGCAGUGAUGAUGUGCGUUUACAACUUGCGCUUAGCCAAAGCGAACAGGAUUUCAAAGGUCAAACGGUUAAGCCUACGGCUAAAAAGGAAGAGCCACAAUCACAUUUAUUAGAUUUGCUGGACAUUUCUUUGGGCGCCACAAGCAUUUCAAGUCCACCGCUAGGCGCUACAGGCGGCAAUGGCGAUCCAUGGGGCACGCCGGCACGCGCUGCAAGCCAGUUAUCGGAUCCUUGGUCGGGCACUUCAUCGCCACAAAUUGAUCCUUGGCAACCGGCAGCGUCUAUGCGUACUGCCACCGCUUCAGCACCACUAGGCGCAGUUGGUGGAAUUGGUAGCAACGGUGGCGAAGCCUGGGGUCUAACACGCACACAAUCGCCGUCCGUAGCAUCUGGUUCAUCGACUGAGGGUUGGCUGCAAAGCAAUGGCGGUGGUGCUGCUGGUGGCGCUGCCAUAUUGAAUGGCAACUCUAUUGGGCCCGGUGCGAUUGGUGGCGUCGAUCCUUGGCUGUCUAAAAGUGGCGCUCUGGGUGGAGGUGCAGCAGCUGGUGUGGAAAAAGUUGAACCGGUGGAUGCGUGGUUGGCAGAAAAUGUGAAACCAGUGACCAUUGCGCCGUUAGCGGCAGCACCAACAGCCGAUCCGUGGGCACCUAAGGUGGGUGCAGCGAGCAAUGAUGAUCCAUGGAAAACUGGUGAAACGAGUGCGGCAAAGAAACCAUCACCUGAUUUGGAUGAAUUCGAUAUAAUAACCAAUCGCAAUAAGACUGGAGAUUUAUUAACUAAUAGUAUGACAAGUGCUUCUAACAAUAAUAAUGCAUCACUACUCGAUGAAAUGGAUCCUCUAUCAGCAACGAAUUCAUCGCUCAAUACAGCCUCAACGAAUACGAAAAAACAACUGAAAACACCACAGUCAUUCUUAGGUGAAAAUUCGUCAUUAGUUAACUUGGAUAAUCUUAUAAAGCCCGUGCAAACACAACCACAAGUAGGCAAUGCCGCCUACAAUCCAUUUAGCGAUACUGUUAUACCACCAAAAACAAAUUUAUUCCAGCAACAACAGCCUGCGGUACCGUCCAUUAAUCAACUAAAACAACAGCAGCCUUUCGCCAUGACUAUGAAUCAAGAUCCUUGGGCGCCAGUUAACAAUUCCACUAAUGUGUCACAGCCCUCCAGAAACUUCUUUACUGAAUAUGAUCGUGACGAGUUCGCAAGUUUUCUAAGCAUCAACGAGUUUAACGACAAUAAUAAUAGCAAGCAUAUCAACAAUAGCUACAAUAAUAACAACAACAGCAGCGGCAACAAGCAAUCUUUGCAAUAUUCAAAAAGUGAUUAUGACGUCUUCAAUACCACCUUCGGCGCUGCUUCAAAUGAUUUCUUUAUAUACAACAACAACAAUAACAGCAAGCAUAAUCACCAAAACGAUGGACCACAUCAAUUCCAAACGCAAGUGCAAGUUCACAGUCAAAGUGUUGAUAAUAUACGCAACAUGCAAAUUGCCAGCGACAGUGAACAGACAGAACUCUAUGAUUGUGCGUCAAAUACGACACUCGGCCAGCAAGUGGCCAGCACGAAUAGCACAUUUAAAAACACCACCAACAAGAGCACCACCGCCACCACGGCUACUAACACUUUGGCCUUCCAGCCACCAUUCGCACCAGCCAAUAGUAAAUUUGAAACCUUUGCCGAUUUCACCACCACCACGAUAAAUCAAGAUUAUGAUCCUCUUAAUGAUGCCUUCAACAAUAACAGCAACAAUACUGUACCAAACUAUUCGAUUAAUUCAGAUGGCAGUACAUACCCAAAGGUGGCACCGUUGACCACAAGCUACAGUGAUGCCUUAACGGCUGCUUUAGCUGAUACGCCCGGUAUUAAAAUAGCUCCAGUACCGGUGUCGUUGCCGCCGACUACCUCGAUUCCUUUUAGCUAUAGUGCUGGCAAUGUCGGUACGAGCAGCCUUGCUGGUACUACCAAUGGUUUCGAUUUUGGCCUUGGCAAUGGCGGUGCCGGUGGCUCUUUAUUUAAUUAUGGUUUUUACGAGGCAACACCCUCAUUGACUCAAAAUCUUAACCUCAACCUCAACGGCAACAGCAAUCACAUUAACAACAAUGCAAUAUUAUUUUCAACGUCAACAGCGUCGUCAACGUUGGGCAACUGUAUGCUGGAAAAUAACAAUAAUAUGCCUUGGGUAAAUCCGGAAGCCGCAUCGUCGUCGAAUCCAUUCUUAUCGUAAACUAAAUUUUUUUUUAAAUGCGGAAAUUUUUAUUGGGCGGGUUUUAAAACAAUGAGCGCUACUCAGUUAGUGGAUUAAAGAGUUCUUUUUUUUAUAUAUACACAUUUACGCAUACAAAAAUUAUGAGAAAGAGUAUAAAAUUAAUAUAAGUAUUAUAAUUGUAAUAAAUAUUUGAAAAGCCGUUGCAAUUGAGAGCUAGAUAGAAAGAGAGUGGGUUAGAUUGAGAGCAACGUGCUGGUGAGAGAGCGUAGUUUGGUGUGUGUGUGUGUGGCAACAGAGCAAAAUAAAACUAAUGCAGCUGUAAUGGCAGCUUAUUGGCGAAGGGUGAGCUUAAAAAAUCCAAAACUGUUGAAAGUAGCUAAAUGUUGGAAAAAGCUACAGCUACUCUUAUCCGAUCCACGACAACAUUUGCAGCCAUGGUUGCCAACAAAGCACAUCGCGCUCUCUCACCGGAGCAUUGUAAAAGCAGCAGAUCAAUUCAAACUUCAAAAGAAAAAAAAAAAUAUAACAUUCACACACUCGGACGCAAACAGACACUAUACACAAAUGAAAAUAAUAAAAAAAUCUAAGCUGAACGAAAUGUUGUAAAAUGAUAAAAUUGUAUACACAAUGCUACUUUAUUUUUAAAUGCAAUAGCUAUUAUAGUAAUAGAAAUAGUAAUUGUUUAAAUAUUUUAUCGUUGUAAAAUUUAAUUUUUUUGUAAUUGUAAUUUUUAAAUGGUACAUGCAUACACAUACAUAUAUAAUGCAAAUUAUUUUUAUAUAUAUACUAAAUGAAAUUAUCACACUAAACUCUAUCGUAUGUACAAUGCUAUAUGUUGCAAUUUGCUGAGCAGAGAGAAAUUAUGUUUGUUAAUAUACGGGAUUGUGCGCGGUCAAUCAACGACAGCUAACUAAAUAAAAAAAAAAUCUGAUGUAUACAAUACUAAACCAAAAAAACGAACAGCAUAGAUACAGGCUAAAUUAUAAA